AUGCCUGCAAUCUGGAUUACCAUCAGUCCCAACGACAUUAAUAACCCGGUAAAGAUGAAACUUGCCAUUCAUAGGCUCCACGAUUAUGAGUCUGCGAAGGAGCUUUUGGCCGAUCUCCGUGAAAAGUACGACAGGAUCGCCCUCAGCACCAUGGAUCCGGUCAGCUCGGCCAUCUUCUUCCACCGACAAAUAUCCCUAUUCUUUGAAAAGUAUGUGAAUACAGACCGGGAAUCGAUCUUCGGGAAGAUCAGCCACUACUACGCCACGGUGGAAACGAAUGAACGAGGCAGCCUCCACUUGCAUGGACUCCUCUGGCUGGACGGCAACAUGCGCUUACCGAACUUGAUAGACGACAUGGCCAAUCCCGCGGAAGAAGCAUAUCGCGCCCAGACAGGAUUCACAGAGGAUGGCUUGCUUCAGAUUCGGCGCAACCAUCCACUCGUCAACCGGUAUAACAAGUCGUUGGCGGUCGGCCUUCGCCACAAUCACGACGUCUCGAUGAUCUUGACCAAGACCAAGGGCCUGGCCAUGGUGUACUACAUCACGAACUACGCCACCAAGCUGGAUACGCCGAUGUGGAAGCGCAUUGCUCUCGCCACCGAGGUUGCCCGCCAACUUCGCGAGGCCGGUCGUCCGACGUCUCGCGCGCCAGGUCCCGCCCUGCCCGACGAGAGGCACCAGGCGGUAUUGAACGAAAGCCGUCAAUUCCUGAUGAGAACGGCAAAUCGCAUCUUCUCCGAGCGACAACUCUCGGCUGUCGAGGUUUGUUACCACCUCCUUGGAUAUGACACCGACUUUACCAACGUGCCGCAUUGGUCCUUCUUGAACUUGACGGCCCUAUACUGGACAAUCUUUCGGCUAUGGGCGCAUCUCCGCCAUCAGGCCGGCGAGCUCACGGACGCCGAACAGCCCCAGAGACAAUCCUCUGAGGCAAGGAGGGCGAACCUAUUAUGCCUGGAGGCGUACGCCUACCGCGGUCAUGUUCUACAAGACUUAUGCCUGUAUGACUACAUGUCAAUGAUUCACUUGUACGCCGUCCCGAUCUUCCAAGGAUACAUCAGCGACGACCACGAGGACGAUCACCCAGUCUAUAUUAAGCGAAACCCUGUCCUACAUUUGGCGUUAUUCGUCCCUUGGGAAAACUUCAUUUCUGAGAGCCUAGGCGAUAUAACCGACAUAUGGACGACGCAUCGAGCGGGCCUUUGUCCCCGCCUCCGUUUCUACGUCUCUAACAUUUGUCUUUUGAGAAAGUCUGCCGAAGACGCGCGUAAGGACGCGAAGCUCUGGGCCAGUCGGUCGGAGGGCGACGACACAAUUGACGUUGAGUACCCGCUUGACGAUGGCCGAUACGAAGAAGAGCCUCCAGCGAUGGCUCAUCGUCAGGCCUACAGAGCUCUACUCCAGAUUUUGCGAAAUGCCGCAGCGGCCAAGGCCCAACAACUAUUGCAUCUUCGGAUGCUAGACGACAUUGAGGGUGGUUCCCAGGGGACCAUGCUUUCCGCGGAUGGCGCCGACAUCGACGAUACGCUAGCUCGCUACGGCGAUACGGAGUCCCCUGCUGGGCUCCCGGGCAGCGACCUCAAUGAACGAGGCCCUCGGAUGCUUGUCGACGUCAGUCCGGCAACUAGCUUCGCGGAGAUGGGACACACCGCCGCGGCCAGCUUUACACUGAACUAUCUACAGACCAUGGCCCUUCAACUCGUUUGCCUGUUUCUGGACAAGUAUACUGCCAAUCCGGACUCAGCGGAUUCCCAUCGCGAUCCAAACAAACCGCCUCCCCCCUUCUCGGAGGCGAAGAAGUGGAUCUGGAAACAGAAGCUGGUACUCGUGAUUGACGAGGUCAGUAUGCUGGGAGGAGCCACUCUGCACAACGUCAGUAAUUACCUGCAGGCACUCCGUGACUGUCCGGACGAACCGUUUGGCGGGAUGCCCGUCGUUCUACUGAUGGGAGACUUCUACCAGUUCGCCCCCGUGCGGGAGACAAGCCUACUGAUCAUCAGACCGCCGGACCGAACAGAGAACCCCUUGCGACAAGCGACCAUAUCUCACCACAGCGGCUGCAGAUUGUGGCAUCUGUUCAAAACCGUGGUGCUCCUCGAAGACCAAGUCCGCGCACGCAACGAUCCCCAGCUCCGUGCACUCCUGGAUCGAGUUCGUAACGGGCGCCAGACCCAGCAAGAUCUGAGCUUGCUCAAUGCCAACAUUGUAGGACGCUCGCAAAUCACCUUCCACGAUGGUUUGCGCGCUAUAACGCCGCUGAACCGCACCCGGUGGGCCCUCAACAUGGAAGCUGUUGUGGGCUGGGCGCGCUUCAACAAGCGGCACAUCCGUAUCUUUGUCUCGACUCACACCUGGCGCAACGGCACGCUGUCUCCAAACCUCAUAGCGCGAACCAUCGGACAAGGCGACGACUCUGCCUGCAAAGUCCCCGGCGUCUUCUUCUACGCCCAGGGCAUGCCCGUGGUUGUGAACAAGAACAUCUACACUGGCCUGAAGGUGGUGAAUGGGGCUGACUUUACUGCCGUGGACGUGAUAAUCGAUCCCAAUCACCCGGGAUACUGCUUGGCAGAUGACGUGACCAUCCACUUCGGGCCGCCGCUCGGCAUUCUUCUGCAGUCCGAGGAGACGAAGACCUUGGCGAUACCGUCCCUCCCGGGUAAAACAUUCGUCGAAGUACUGUUGGAGCUGCGUGGAAAUCGUGUGACCAAUGGUGAACCCUCCAAGUGCGAUUUUACGAGCCUCUAUGUGCAACUAUCCAGGUGCACCUCGCUUCGGGGCAUCAAGCUUCUUAAUCCCGUGAGACACCAUGACUUCAUUGGCAAUGGGCUCGAUCAGGCCAUUCUUGAUGGAAUGCAGAGACUCAAGAACUUGGCCGCGGAAACGAGACGGUUAUACAAGGACCAAGGUUUCGAAAAGUAG